AUGCUGAGCGAGCUGCCCGUGCUCCGGAGGCAGGGACGCUGUUUCCAUUGCGGCUUCGGGUUGGAAACGCUGGCGCUUGUGAGACAUCUGUAUAUUUGUGAUUUUCACAAGAACUUCAUUCAAAGUGUGCGAAACAAAAGGAAGAGGAAGACGAGUGAUGAUGGAGGUGACUCUCCUGAGCAUGACACGGAUGUUCCAGAGGUUGACUUGUUCCAGCUCCAAGUGAACACCUUGAGGCGUUACAAGAGGCAUUAUAAGUUGCAGACUAGGCCUGGACUCAACAAGGCUCAGCUUGCAGAAACUGUCAGUCGUCACUUCAGGAAUAUUCCGGUGAAUGAGAAGGAGACACUCGCAUAUUUCAUCUACAUGGUGAAGAACAACAAGAGCAGGCUGGACCAGAAAUCAGAGGGCAGCAAGCAACUAGAUUGAAGGUUAACAAGACUUGGAAUAAGAGAGACCUUAAAGGAACAUAUGGUAUUGUGUAUUUUAGGUAUAUAAGAACUGUUAAAGUAUAUUGUAAAUUUUUUUUUUAAAUGCAGUGUCUGGAUGACAGAAAAAAAUAUUGACAUUCUUAUCAGGAGUAUUUGAAAACAUGUGCCCAACAUGUUUCCGAAGACUUCUUCCCCUCAUUUCAAAGUCACAUUGGAAUAAAGAAAUGAGGAUAAUGGGGAAACCAAGUAAACCUGUAGGAUUGUGGAAUUUGUCAACUUGGUGUUUUAAACCAUCUCUGGAAAUCUGCAUCUCAGUGCAAUUCAGAUCCCAGAUGGAAUUUUUUUCACUGAAUUCAGACUGCAUCACAAACCACCAUGCAGUUUGUCUUGGUACAGGACUGGAAGAGCAGCAGAGAUAAAAUUCAUUCUUGAGGUGCAUGGGUCAGAAGUUUGUCUGAAGCUUGCUCCUCACCUACACAUGCUCUGUCUUGCCUUGAGUCAGUGCUUCAAAUCCCAAACUUCUACAAAUGCUCCAGCUCACCAGAUCUACUCCAGUGAAUGCUACUUGACUAGUCUGAAAUUGAUACGUGUUUUUUACCAUUUUUCCUCCUGACCCCAUCUGACAUGGAUGCCAACCAACUCUCUGCAGUCUUUCUCGUUUCUUUUAUUUAACAGCUCAUUAAUUAAAUUGUCUGUAAGAAUUUUAAAACUUCUGCAUUUCCUCAGAAUGUGGUAUUAAGGCAAACACAGCUUAUUUGCUGGGUCUGAUCAUGUUGGUAGAAAUGUUUGUUUAAUUCACUUAUACAUAUUUCAGUGAUGGUAGGUGAAACAAUGGCUUGAGACGUCAGUCUCUUAAUUUCUGUGUCAGAUCAGUAUCAGUCACAAAUUUUGUGAGUUCUCUACUGAAGCUGUAGCAGGUGUCACAAAACUACUGUGUGGAUUCAGGGGCUCUGCAGUCUCUGUUUAGUAUAAAGCAGAGUUAUGGGUGAGGCACCAUAACCAGGGCAGUGAUCUGACUGGAGCAUUUCGUGAUGCACUUCAUCUGUCUUUGCAACAGGCAAGAAGUAUCGAAGCAUUUGCCUUUCAUGAGCAUUACAUGUGCUGUCAUGAGAGCUGUGUGAGUGAGGGUGGCACCCUGGUGCUUCCUAACCGGGCACUGUAGGAGGAGAUCACCCUGAAUUUGUUAUUUAAAACCAAGGUGUCCUUACAAAUAACACAGUGGUUAUUUCGGCAAAAGGAGCUUAUAAAAGUAUUGAUCGUGACUGACUGUUCUCCAGUGACCUCAAAUUCUCUUCAGGGGACCUCAUAAUUUAAAGCACCAGUAUGUUUCUUUGCUGUCCUAACCAAUGUCUCCAUUCUGGUACAAGAUGCCAAGACUCCACAUAGAGAGGAUGUUCUCAACAAGCCUUAAGCAACGAACUGAGCAGUAGAAAACUUCGGCUGGCAUUUUGUAAAUGGCAGGUUUUAAUAUUUCAAAACUGGAUGGAGCUUUGUUGAAGAGCUAAACACACAGGUCAUGGUCCCAGCUUAGUACUGGAUUGUGUUUCAUAAGGCAUGAAGGGUUCACUUAGUGAAGCUCUUGCUGAAGCUCUCCCAGAGUCUCUUUAAAACUCAAGUCGCAAUUUAAUUGUUCACAUCACUCUGAAUUGUUUGCUAAUACUCCAGAAACAUGUUCAACAAAUUUCAGUGUGUCUGAAUCCUGUGUCAUAUGCAGAAAUACUCUGUUAUGGUACACGUCCCAUUUGUGACGUGUGGGGAGUGUGAUUGUUUCAGCAUUUCCUUGUUCGAUUCAAUACGGAACAUCAGACAAGAGAGGUUCAAGGAAUGAGGAGAGAAUGUCUUGUGUUGGUAUUUCAUGAAUGUUUAAAAAUUUCCUAAUUAUGAUGAUCCUUUCCUUAUUGAAAGGGCGGAGUAAUUCCCACAUCAGUCAACACAAUCCGGCUUCUCUCAUUCAGGACAGAUCACUGAAAGGGUACAUUCUCUGACUGCACGUUAGUCUGCAAAGUGCUCAUGUCAUCAGAGGAUAUUACCAAGGGAAAAUGAGUUUCUGAGCUGAGAGGGUUAUGCCUCACAGUGAUUCUUCCCCUGUACUUGGCACUGGUGAGGCACCUCGAGUCCUCUGUCCAGUUCUGGGCCCCUCAAUUCAGGAAGGACAUUGAGGUGCUGGAGU